AUGAAAAUCGAAGAGCACCUCGAUGGCUCUUUGGGAGAAAGAACAACCAAUGAUGCCCAAGGAAAGGGUCCUCCUAAGGGACAGAGAUUGCCAUUACGUCCUUGGGACUGCAAAGACCAGCCUUAUGAGGGCCAGAACUGGCACCACAACUCCAUCCACUCAUUCCACUAUAGAGCAGGCGGAUACAAUGGGUAUCCAGCAGGACCAAGAGGACCCUACAUGAACUGGAACAAAAAUGUCAACAACUCCACGGUCAGGAUCAACAGACUUGAGUAUGGAGUCCCUCAACAUCAUCCGAACACCAGAGAGCUGCCGUCCCCACUAAAGAGGUUGGACUCCUCGGACUGUCAGAGGACCUUCCUGGGCAGAAUGGUAGGCCACAGACCAGGCCCGUGGAAACGCCCAGCGCUCCAUCACAGCCGAGGCCAGCCCCACCAGCACACCCCACCCCCACAUUGCCCCUUAUCUCCACGAGAAGACUGCCCUGCCAAGAGGAGAAGGAGCUCUGGUCCUGAUCAGAGCAAUGGCAGCAAACCACCACACCAUGGAAGCAGAGGGAAGGUUGAUCGGAAAACCCCCUUUUCACCAGCAGACUACACCCGUGUGCCUUACAGCCACCAAAACCACCACCACCACCACCAUCAGCGGCACACAGGCCACUCCGGAGCUCAACAGCAUAAACCCCUGCUACAACCACUGGAGGGCAGGGACACCCGGGUCCACACUCACAAGCAAAGCACAGAGGAUCUGCGUACUAAUCUGAGAGACAAGCCAAGGAAUCCUCCCCCCUCAGAGCCCUCUGGUGGAGAGGCUCCUCUCCAUCCUUAUCUACACUGCCAUCCCAGAGAUGGAGGCUCCACCGCCACCACUCCGCCAGCCCCCUUCAGCCCCUCGACAAACGCCAUGGCCAGCGACAGGGAUGAUCCAUCCGUCAUUCAUCAGUCUAAUACUGGAAAAAGCCCGAGCACCACAAACGUCCGACACAGAGAAAAGCAGAUGCUUCAGGGAAGUCUAACCCAAACCCCAACACCUAGUCCUUCAUCUACCACUUGUCCUACGUCAUCUGCUGGUCCAAACUCCCGACCCCUUGUGUCUGAGGUCAAAUUCAAAAAGGUCUCAAAGUCCCUCAGCUCGCAACAGUCCCCUCAUGACAAAUCAAGAGUCAACAAGCCUGGGAGAGAUUCUGAGAAACACAAAAAACCUGAGUGCAAACGCAAGGUUAAACAUGGAAAAAAAGAGAAAAAGGAUAGAUUGCAGAGGAUGAACAAAAUUAGUAAAGAGAGAAAAAGGGGGGAAAUAAAAGAUGAGAAGGAAAGGGAUGGCAUGAAAAAGGUUUGCUGGAAACGGGAAAAAGAAAGAUUCAAACAAGACAGAAAAGAAAAAAAGGCAAAAGAGACAAUGGAGCUAAAAGCUAAGUCUGGCUCAAGAAGUAAAAUCAUUGAAAAUGCUCAAAAGGGAAUAUGGAUGUCUUCAUCAGCAUCCCACUCAGAAAGAGAACCCAAAAUGGGCCAGAGUAAAAUUCAGUCUACAACUUUGAAUCCAGAGGCUCGGAGUCUGUCUCCACAGACACCGCUUGUCCCACACAAACACAAACACAGGGAGAGGAUUGACAGAGCAGAGAAGAUAUCACACAGACGUCAGACAGCCACAGAUACCCCAAAUAUGUCUGACAUUCAAUCAUCCAUCAGGAAAGCCACCCAUCCUAGAUGUACUCAGUCACACUCCAGUAAGAAAAAGAGAGUAAAAGGCUGCAGCCCACAUAAACGCCCCGGCAAGGGGCCACCACUGAACAGGCAGUCUCCACCAGCCAACACCAGCCCCCACCACACCAGCAAUGCAUCCCCUAUCCACCAAUUUACGUCAGAAGGUGAACCACAUGGUAAGCCUGAUCUUGAUCUCACUCUCCAGCCCCUAUCAUGUAAAACCGUAGCACCAGUCAGUACUACUAGUUUAGUUAACUCAGAGGAACCUAUCCAGGGCAAAGGUGUGAGGCAAGGAGGGCUCCUUAUGGCCCCAGACCUGCAGCCUGCAACUGUGUUGGGGAGCGUGUUAGAGCUAGGAGACAACCCUGCAGCAAGCCCCCCUGUGCUGAGCUGGCAAGGGUCUCCGGUAUCAGCUCUGGGAGAAGAUGAAGAAGAGCUGGAAAAGGGAGUGAUCAGAAGACCUGUCCUCCAGCCCAGCCCAACUCAUGGCUUUUCUCCAUCUCACGGAGAUGAUAAGUUUGAUGAUAUAAAUAAGGAUGCCUGCGAAAGAGAAAAGACUGACCAUUGCCAGAAUGACACAGCUGACCUCUGCGGACUGCCUCAUAUGGUGAAAAAGGUGACACAGGAAGAGGAGGAAGAGGAAGAGAAGGACAGCUGCAGAGACACAUCUGGCACCCUUCUUCAUCAGCUUCAGCACCAUCAGAACGGAUUGGAUGAUGUCUUCAAGAGCCUGGCCAACUUUCUGGGUGGCCAGAGGGUCACAUGUCGAGGUGGUCCAUUUGGACGACUCCCUGCCAACGUCCCGGGGGCAGUGAAACACUCCUCCUUUUUGGCUCUGGGGCCACAGAUUCACUGUCAGGAGCAUCAGCUUUCUUCGUCUACAUUAGAUACCACAGUAUCCUCCAAACCUUCCGACAAAUCCCCGAGUCACACUACCUCAGACACUGUUUCAAAAUCCCACCCCUCUGCAGAUCUCAGCCAACAACAACCUGUCAUGGAUAGCCUGAAGCGGGAGCAGGAAGACACUGAGAAUGGUAUAAAAGAGAAAAACGAUAACGUGGUUGUUGAUAUUCUCCCCGAGAGAAAAGACACCUCAUCUCUUUUGGCCGGGUCGCUGAGCGCUGAGCUGAGACUGACCACCACACACACAGCCUCCCUGACCUCAGACCUGCUUCCUGUCCCCACCAAGCAAGAGAGACCAAACAGCAAAGGAAUGGUUAAAAUUCCGUCAGUUAGAAAGAGAAAACAAACAAAUGAAGAUGGAAGACGGGAAGGAGAGGUCAAUAUCAAGAGACGUGACAAGGAAAGCAAUAUCACUUCUCAGCGUCGCAACAAUGUGAAAAGUGAAAUCAAGAAAUUGGGGGAAGAGAAUCAAUUUAAAACAGCACCUCCUUCAUCCACACUGCCAUUUUCCACUGCUAACUUAUCCAAACAGCUCAAAGACAAUGUGAAGGACCAGCUUGCUCAGGAAAAUCACAGCCUGCAGGGCAAAGACGUCCGGAGAGAUAAGAUGCACACAGGGAGCACUGUGCAGGUGACGGUAAUAUCAGAGAAGGAGAAGGCAAGUGGGGCUCCCUUUCCAGCUGAGAAUACAAACACAACUGUGAGUUCAACUCCAACCGCAACAAAAAAUGCAAUCAAACCAUGCAUCCUUGCAACAGGGAACAAACCCCUCUGCUCAUCACCCUCAGUUGACCCCCUCAAGCUGAAGGCCCUGGCCAUGGGCUUGUCUAAGGAGCUGAAGAUCCACCUAAUUAAAGUGGAAAGGGGAGUCAGGGAUACAUUCAUUGCAUCAGAGGUGGAGGAGCGAAGGAUCCCCCUUUCCAAGAUAAGCAUCGAAAACACAGCCAGCGAGGUGGUCCGAGCUUGCAAGGGGGCAAAGGUGAAAGGAAAGUUCAAGGAGUCGUUGCUGCUGCCCGCCUUCUCUGUCAAGCCUAACAUUAGCAUCAAGACCCCCAUCCCUCGAGAAAAGCUCAAUCCACCCACACCCAGCAUUUAUUUGGAGAGCAAGAGAGACGCUUUCUCACCAGUCCUGCUGCAGUUCUGCACUGACCCCAAGAACGCUGUUACUGUCAUUAGAGGACUUGCUGGCUCUCUCCGCCUUAACCUUGGAUUGUUCUCCACUAAAUCUCUGGUUGAGGCCAACGCUGACCAUGCCGUGGAAGUGAGGACUCAGGUGCAGCAACCUGCUGAUGAGAACUGGGAUCACAAUGGCUCAUCACAGACUUGGCCUUGUGAAAGCAGCCGCUCGCACACCACCAUUGCUAAAUACGCCCAGUACCAGGCCUCCAGCUUCCAAGAGAGCCUACAGGAGGAGAAAGAGAGUGAGAAUGAAGAGGAAGAAGAAGAAGAGCAAACCAAAUCCUCAGACUCCACCUCCACAGCCAAUCAUAACCAAGCCACCGCCAAAGCUGAUCCCAACUCAGCCGACAGUAAAUGCAGUUGUACCUCUACAAGCAGUAAAGCUAACUCUACCCCCGUCUCCAACAAAUCCAACCCUGAGCAGAAAUCCAUAGGAAAGAUCAUUAAAUUUGGAACUAAUAUUGAUCUCUCUGAUCCUAAAAGGUGGAAACCCCAGCUACAGGAGUUGCUGAAACUGCCAGCUUUCAUGCGUGUGGAAUCCAGCAACAACAUGCUCAGUCACGUUGGCCACACCAUCCUGGGCAUGAACACCGUACAGCUCUAUAUGAAAGUUCCAGGCAGCCGCACACCAGGCCACCAAGAGAACAACAAUUUCUGCUCAGUCAACAUCAACAUUGGGCCUGGUGACUGUGAGUGGUUUGCUGUCCAUGAGCACUACUGGGAGGCUAUCAACACUUUCUGUGAGAAGCAUGGAGUAGACUACCUGACAGGAUCCUGGUGGCCAGUUCUGGAAGAUCUCUACAGCUCCCAUAUUCCUGUGUAUCGCUUCAUACAGAGGCCGGGGGACCUGGUGUGGAUAAAUGCAGGAACGGUACACUGGGUCCAGGCGGUGGGCUGGUGUAACAACAUUGCCUGGAAUGUCGGACCACUCAAUUCAUACCAGUAUCAGCUAGCCCUGGAACGCUUUGAGUGGAACGAAGUCAAGAAGGUCAAAUCCAUCGUUCCCAUGAUCCACGUCUCCUGGAAUGUGGCCCGUACCAUCAAGAUCACUGACAGAGACACCUUCAAAAUGAUCAAGCACUGCCUCCUGCAGUCCAUCAAGCAUAUCCAGAUUCUGAGGGACCAGCUGGUGGCUGCAGGGAAAAAGAUCUGUUACCAGAGCCGGAUGAAGGAUGAGCCAGCCUACUACUGCAACGAAUGUGACAUCGAGGUGUUUGACCUGCUGUUUGUGACCAGUGAAAAUAACAGCAAGAAGACCUAUGUGGUGCACUGUGAGGACUGUGCCCACGCCAAGAGCCCUUCGCUGGCAGGAGUGGUGGUGCUGGAACAGUAUCGCAUGGAGGAGCUGAUGAAAAUCUAUGACAGCAUCACUUGGGUCUUUGAGGGUCUCAUCACUUCUGCCCAGUGUCCAGCCGAGCUCCAAGGAGCGGACGGGGAGAGACCGUCAGCUUCACCACACAGUGAGUAG